AGAAAACUCGUUUUAUGCAAGAAGGGGAAGCAGGGCAAAGCAGCUGUGGACCUGUGUAAGGACAAAGGACGCUUUUCAAUCUACAGAGUUACGGCGCCUGUUGUUGUUGGUUUGUGCUGGAUCGCGCCCUCCCCGGCUGGAAUUACCUACCGCCUCGACCAUGGCAUCCUCUACAUCCCUCUUUGCGCCCAUCAGGAAUUCCCUCUCCCACACACGUUCAGAGAUCACUCACAGAGUCCGAAGCAUUUCCACCUCGUCCUCCUGUAAAUAUGCUCGCGGAAAGGCCUCCCUCGUGGCUAAGAACAGUUCAGCAAUAACAACAGCACCGACCAAGCAGAUCAAAAAUCCGUUUAUGGCCCCUGCCAACUCUGUAUUAGCAUAUAUCGGACCCUAUGCUGCAUCAAUGCGUCAAGCCAAGGGCGUGGCGUUUGUCUUUGGGGCCUGUGGAUGCAUGGCUGUGCCUGCAACCCUCUUUCUCGGCAACACGGAACAUUUCUUGGCAAUCAUGGGUAAGUAGCUUUAACAAGGAAAUUUUGGGAGAUUACAAUGGACGCGAGCUGUAAGGCCACUUUGUCCUGUGCUGCUAGUAUCCUUUUCUCCCUACUGCCGUUGUCAAUUGCUAUCAUCGCCUUUAUGUCAGGGUUAUAUAUUGUAUAUUAAUA